AUGAAGUUUGGUCGCAAUCUACCCCAAUUCACCGUCCCCGAAUGGAGCGCCCAUUACAUCAAGUACAAGGCCCUGAAAAAACUUAUCAAGUCGGCCGCGGAACAAAUCAAGGCGGGCCAAGAGGCGGACCUGGCCGGUUUCUUUUACUCUCUCGAUCGAAAUGUUGAGGACGUCGACUACUUUUACAACAAGAAAUAUGCCGAGUACGCCCGUCGCCUGAAACUGCUGGAGGAUCGAUAUGGAUAUUCAAUGGAGGGUAAUCACCCAUUGGAGGCGGAGGAGAGCCAUGAUCUGCGCGAAGCCCUGUUGGACCUGCGCUAUCACCUGCGCCGCUUACAGUGGUACGGUGAGGUCAAUCGCCGCGGUUUUGUCAAGAUCACCAAGAAGCUUGACAAGAAGGUCGGGGCCCAGGCGCAAAAGCGUUAUCUCGAGACCAAGGUGGACCCCGUUCCCUUUGCCUCGAACGCGCGUGCUAUCAAGUCCCAGGAACGUAUCAACGCCUGGAUGGCUAUCAUCACUGACAACGCUAAAACGGAGGAGAAGCUGUUCGAUGAUUCCAGCUCUACUCACUCCUCUCUGUCGCUGAAACGUGGUCCUACACGUCCCUACUUGAACCUGCCCUCUACCGUGCUGACUGCAGUGGAUGACUCUUUGAGAAAAGAUGAUACCCAUGUUCUUCUGGAGCUACUUGAAACUCUCAAGAACGCCGCCGAUGAUGCAGGCGAGGGUGUCUUUAUGAAGGUUCUCAAGACCCUCAUCCAACGUGCCAUUCUUCACCGUGCCAAGGCUAGUCUGACUGCUCUGCUGAGUCGCGUUGACACUCUGGAGGAGGACGAUGACAUCAAUCGCCGUAGCUGUCUGCACCGCCUCGUUAUUUCGGUCGGUCGUGAACAGUCAACGAGCGACUCCGAGCCUGCCGCAUCCAUGGUGCUCGACUUCCCUCCCGAGACAUCUCGUUACAUUACUCCUGCUGCGCCGCCGACCUUGCAACCCCCUCGAUCUGUGGUCAAGGAAGAGCACAUGCCACAGCAGCUUAGUCGUGAUGACUCGGCGGUCGCUAUCUUGCAACAUCUCCUUGAUAAUUUGCGCCCUGAUCAACGAGAGUCUUUGAUGACAAAGGAUCUCUCUGGACGUACCCCACUGCACUAUGCCGCCCAGUAUGGCUUCAAGGUGGUUUGUGAAGUCAUCAUUGAGCACCUGCGGGCUUGGGACAUGUUUGACGUCAGAGAAGGCAUCGAUGGCCCUUUGUGGCAGGACGAGGAUGGUUGGGCACCCCUUCAUCUGAGUGUGGUUGGUGGUCACCCAAAGACCACCCGCUGCCUUCUGGAUGCUGAGAACUGGAGAGAGACCCACGGUCAUUCCGAUCAGGUCAGGAAGCAGGUAUCCAAGUCAAGCGCCGUUCUUGCUCUUGCAACAAAGGCGAAUUUUGUCGACAUUGUGCAGCUACUGGUGGAGGCCGGUAUUGAUAUCAACUACCAGGAUGAGCAGGGCGAGGCAGCUCUGCAUGUCGCGGCCCGCUUUGGCCAUGACGAAUGUGCGCGAAUCAUCCUGGAAGGCUCCGACUACCAAAAGGCCAAUACCGAGUUGCCUGAGAACACUUAUGGCUGGACGCCUCUCUUCAUCGCAUGUGUUGAUGGCCAGCUAGGUGUGGCCAAGCUGCUUGUUGCCGCUGGAGCAGACCUGGAGCGCUUUGAUUCAUCUGGCUGGACGGCCAAAGAACAUGCCGCACUACGAGGUCACCUCGAGAUCGCGCGGUGUUUAGCUGAAGUCAGCCCCGGAGCCCCGAUUCCCGAACAGGAGCCUUCGCCCUCGAUUCCCAGCAAUACACCUUCCCCGUCGGGCUCUCCGCCCACCCUGUCUUCUCUGACUGAUCGACGGUCCAAUGCCCCCGGAACUACCUCUGCCGGGAGUCCUGGUUUGCGAAAUACUGAACCUAUUAAGACAUUUGGACAUCGGUAUCUUACCGACGAGACCAUGAUUCUGGACAACAUCUCCACUGAGCCAAUCGUGUUCCACACCACUGAUGCUAGUAAAGUGCGUCUGCUUUUCGACCUUGUACCCACCUACUCUGGAUCCAAGGAGAAGGUUGUUGGUCGCGGUGUUGCACUACUUUCCAGCAUCAAGCCAACCGUGGGAUCGCAGCGUAUCAACCUCAAGGGAGAUUCCACCGUUCCCAUCGUGGCGGCGAACACUCUGGACGUGAUCGGGUCGGUGACCUUCAACUUCUUGGUCAUUACCCCUUUCCAGCAUCCCAACAUGUCGAUCAAGGGAAAUCAGACCUACUGGCGAUCCAUGAGUUCGACUAUGGUCAUCGGUCACCGUGGUCUUGGUAAGAACAUGGCUAGUCGCAAUUCGCUCCAGUUGGGUGAAAAUACCAUUCAGUCUUUCAUCGCCGCGGCUAACUUGGGCGCAUCCUACGUCGAGUUUGAUGUGCAACUUACCAAGGACCAUGUCCCUGUCAUUUACCAUGAUUUCUUGGUCAGCGAAACGGGCAUCGAUGCCCCAGUACAUACUUUGACAUUGGAUCAAUUCCUGGAGCUCGGCAAGGGAAGACACCGCAAUGCCUUGCCCGAGAGCGUGGAUGCCAAUAGAGAUUCCAGUAUUCCUCCUCGACAGCGAUCGAUGUCCGUCGGUGGGUCCCUAUACGACCCGGCUGAAUUGACCGAGAAGAUCAAGCACACUCGUGAUUUCAAAAAGAAGGGUUUCAAGGGAAACACCCGUGGCGAGCAUAUCCAGGCACCUUUCGCGACACUGGAAGAACUUUUCAAGAAGAUCCCUACACCUGUUGGGUUUAACAUUGAGCUGAAAUAUCCCAUGCUCCACGAGAGUGAGGAAGAAGAGAUGGACACAUACGCGGUCGAACUGAACUCGUUUGUCGACACCGUCCUCACCAAAGUCUACGACAUGGGCCAGAACCGCGACAUUCUGUUUUCUAGCUUUAACCCCGACAUCUGUCUCAUCUUGUCCUUCAAGCAGCCCUCCAUCCCAGUUCUCUUCUUGACUGAUGCCGGUGCUUCGCCUGUCGGUGAUAUUCGAGCCAGCAGUCUGCAAGAGGCCGUUCGGUUCGCGUCACGCUGGAACCUCCUCGGCAUCGUCUCCCAAGCGGAACCUCUAGUCCUUUGCCCCCGUCUAGUCCGCAUUGUCAAGGAAUCCGGUCUCGUCUGCGUCUCCUACGGCAUGCUGAACAACGACGGUGUCAACGUUGACUACCAAGUCGCGGAAGGCAUCGAUGCUGUUAUCGUCGACUCCGUCCUCGGAAUCACAAACGGCCUAAUCCAGCGCCAAAACAAGGGCGAGCGCACCCCGGCCCCUCGCCGAACCCCACCCCUGUGGGUGACAAGGGCGGCGCCAUCAGGGUUCCGGUCCUCGAGCAAGCGAAGAAAAACACCGCUGACUCGAGACUGA